AAAAAAGACGCGUUCAGUUUUACAAACGCGUCUAGGCAAGACUUUUUUUUUAUUUCCUUUUUUUUUUUCUUCAUUAGGGAUGUUGGCAGAGAAACCACGUAGUAUGAAGCCCGGAGCACGUAAUGUGCUUCGUUCCAAUGACUCUGCAAGUCUUUGGAACUGUACUUUAUCUCCUGGUUGGACUGAUCAAGAAUCCGAUGUGCUUAGAAAAGCCCUGAUGAAGUUUGGUAUUGGUAACUGGUCCAAGAUUAUCGAAAGUGGUUGUUUACCAGGCAAGACCAAUGCUCAAAUGAAUCUUCAGUUACAGCGUUUGCUUGGUCAACAGAGUACAGCAGAAAACCAUCUGAAUAAGAUAGAAUUUGCCGGUCUUCAUAUUGAUCCUAAAGUCGUGGGGGCUAAAAAUGCAUUGAUUCAAGGCCCUCAUAUCAAGCGUAAAAAUGGAUGUAUUGUGAACACAGGUGGCAAAGUAUCCAGAGAAGAAUUAAAAAAGAGAAUCAUUGCCAAUAAAGCAGCCUAUGAGAUUCCUGAGUCAGAAUGGAAGACAAUUGUAUUACCCAAGGUUAUAGAGCCAUUUAUAUUACUCCAAGAGAAAAAAGAAGAGAGAAGGAAACUAAAAGAGGAAUUGGCCAAAGUACAAGCAUGUAUUGCAAAAAUACAAAAGAAGGAUCGACCAAGUCAAAUCAAGCAUGAAGCCAUGUCAUCCAAACGAAUACCCAAUACAGAUGGUGAUUUAGCUAUGGCUAUUGCCUUACAAAAGCAAGAAGAUGAAGGCUUUGUUUAUGAAGAAGAAGAAGAACAAGACGAUGAUGAUUUUGUUACCAAGAAAAGAAAAGUACAACGGAAACGAUAAUGAGGCUGAAGCUAUUUUUUUUUCUUAAUUUUUUUGGGCUAAGCAUGAUUCAGCCUUAAAGUUUAAUAGUAAAGAACUCAAUUUUUAAUU